UUUGUUUGUACAUUGUAUAAUUUGUAUCAUCCAUGGUUCUAUAAAUGGUUCAAUAAAAAGAGCAAGCUAGGAGCCGUGCUGACGAAAAGCGCGGAUUACUCAGCGUUUCAUGCUAAAAACAUUCUUCAGAAAACAAUCAUGAACGAACAAAGGAGUUAUGCAAUUGACAAUGACAAACGUAUUUCAAACAUUGUUUGGCGAAAUUGGAACACGUUGGCAAACAUCAUUGGGGCUGUAUGUACAAUAGGUAUUUGGUUUAUUGCCAUAACCAUUAUUGAUGUCCACCAAGACAUUGGUAUUUAUUUAAUAUUAUGUGGAAUAGCAAUGGCAUUUCUUGAACUUAGUUUGGUUGUGGAUUGGCUCUUUUCUGUUUGUUGCAGUGAAGAAUUUGCAGUUCGGCAAUGUUGGUCAUUUGUUCUUGCAACAGAUACAUGGAAACGAGGCUUACUUUACCUGGGUUUGUCGGCAGUAUGCUACAUUAAAGCAACGUCUGGAUGGCAAGUGCCUUUUGCAGGUGCUCUAAUGGACUUGGCUAGUAUAGUUUACUUCAUCAAAACUAUCAAAGGCAAACAAAAGCCCCAACCAUAUAGAUAUAAACAGCUGUCUGUGACAUAAGUCAUUUUAGUGCAGACAAACUGUAGAAAAAUAGAGUUAAUUUAUACUAGAGAUUAUUUAACAUUCAUUACAUUCUUGCAACAUCACAAUACAUCAUCAAGGCAAAAAUAAAAAUGAUUAAUUGCAAUCAACAUUAUUAUAAUGUGGAGAUUUAAUAUGAGGAUCAGGAGUUUA